GCGAGAGUUAGCUCCCUUCGUAAACACGCUCUGUCAUGAUGUGUUGAUUGUUGAUGCUCCGUGUUUCAGAACAGCACAGAAGCCCACAAUGAACUAGACAGAAGGACUACAAAUCAGUAUCAUGUCUACCUUGGAACAAGACUUACAUAAUGCCGUGAGGGGUGGUCAACUGCUACAGAUUCAGUCUUUGCUCCUGAAAGGAGCCAAAAUCAAUUGCAUCUACUAUGGAUGGACACCACUGCAGCAAGCAAUUGAUGCUGGAAAUGAAGCAGUGGCGUUAUUUCUAAUUGAGGAAGGCUGUGACAUCAAUUACCAUGACAACAACAAUCUGGCACCAUUUGAGAAUGCUGUCAAAAAGAAUCAGGCAAAAGUGUGUGAAUUAUUGCUGAAGAAGGGCAUUGAUGGUAACCUCGCAUUAUCUGAUGGAGAGGUACCACUCCAUGUUGCUGUGGAGAAAGGCAGCACCAAGCUGGUCAGCGUCCUGAUAAAUGAAGGGAAAGUUGACCUUAGCUGUAAAAAUAAGCGCGGACAGUCACCACUGUAUGUGGCGUGCUCCGAGGGCCUGACCAAGAUUGCCUCCAUGUUGGUGACAUCAGGAGCAGACGUCAACUUCCAGUGUGAGGAUGAUGGGCAGACAUCACUUAUUGCUGCAGCAAGCAACGAACACCAGGAUGUUGUGAAGAUUCUUUUAAAAUACAACGCAGAUGUGAACAUCCAGGAUACAGAUGGAUGGACAGCGCUAUGGCAUGCUUACACCAACAGCAGCGAGGACAUCAUCGACCUGUUGCUAAGGGCAGGGGCCAACAGAAACAUCCCCAAUAGCGAUGGCCUCACCAUCAUGGAGGACGCCAGGGAGAACGAGGAUGAUGAGAUGCUGAUCUUAUUCCAGAAGUAUCUCACAUGACAGUCCAGGAUUUCAAAGAAUCAUAAUCGUACAACACAAUGAAAGUCAUUACUUGCAUCUACUUAAUAUUGGGAAGUAGUAUACAGCAUGUUUUUCACAUUGGAAUUUUAUUUUUAGGAUUUGGGUGUUUGGUAGUUUAACCUGUGCUCAAGAAUUGGCAUAUGUCUCACUUAUCGCUUCACAUUUAACCAUGGAUAAUCAUCAAUCAUUAUGAUAUCAUCAUCAUCUCCCAGGAUGAUCAACCAAUCAGAACAUUGAACACAAAGCUGUGUUACUGGUAGGGAAAGGGAAGUAACUCCAUAUGCACAGGUACCUUAAAUGUAUGGUCCAACAAAGUCAUAUGCAUAGGUUCCAAGCAUAAAUUUUUUAAUUUGCAUUAAAUACACAAAUUUAUUACCAGUCUGAAUUAAUUUGGAGUUGCCAUCACAUACUUUGACAUGUAGUUACGACAAAAGUUGCAGUCAGAUCACUUCAUGGAAUGGUGUCCUUGGUCUUGGAAUCCCGUCUCCAGGCCCCAGUCCAUAAAACUAUUGUAGUGCUUCAACUGUCGUAAAUCUGUUAAAGUGUUUGUCACCAUAGCUCUUUAGGGAAUAGAGCCUUAAGGUUCAACCCACUGGUGUUCAUCAGACUCAAGUUUGCAUUUUGUUAUGCAUUUCCAUGUUCCGUUUCCAAUGAACGUCAUCUUUUUUUGUUAUUGGGGGACGGUUUUCAAUCUAUAUUUGCUUGUGUUACGAAUAUUAUGUAAUUCUACUUGUUCCCUCGUAUUAUCCUUCUUUCACUAAGUAUUAAUCUGCCACUGCAAUGUUUUCUGACUGCACUAAUGACUCUAUAUAAUUCUGAUAUGAUUGAAUAUCAAGGUGUUUUCAUAUAUGUGGUGCUUGUUUCAUCUCAUUCUAUAUUGAAUUGCUUUUCUCCAUGACAUUCCAUGCAAACACAAGUCAGUUGUAUUGGCCAACUGCCAACUGUCACAACUUUGGCUUGAGACUCAUGCAUUUAUAGUAUGUAUUUAACAGUCCAUAACUGUAAUUGCUCAAUUGACAUACUUCAAUGCCCUGUUCGAUAUCUUUCAAAAUUCAGAAUAUGUACACUUCGUUUAUCAUUCUGAUCUAUAACAUUUUUCAUCACAACGGAGAGGCCAAUAUUUAUUCAUGAAACAAAUGUGUAGACAGCGAAACAUGUUAUUUGUAAUGUACUGAAUGUUCAUACGAUAAACACAAACACAUACUAAAUAUUGUCCAAACUAUAGAUACAUUGUACCUGAAUACCAGCAAUUUCGAAGGAUAUAUUUUAGUAGCCUUUUGAAAGGGUGUUUGGUAUCUUCUUGUUGAUAUUUAUUGAAUACUGACAGUCAUUUGAUGACAUUUGAGGACCUGAAAAAUUGCAUAUAUUUUGUAACUUUCAUGAUGAACUAGCGUUUAGAAAAUCUUUUGUUUUUUGACAAAAAGAGAAAUCCACUAUCAAAAGACAGCCUGUUUCACUAUAAUUUUGCAGAUCUCUCCAGAUUUGACUGUUUAAUAUCAUCUUUCAUUUAUGUAAGAGUGCCUAUCUCAGAUUUUCUCCUGUAUGUGUAAGAUCGUUUGGUAAAGCGCUAUUCCUGCAGUAAGUGCCUCAUGCCACUAUCUGGUGAUUGUGGCAGGUGUACAGGAGCCAGGCGUUGCUUGCUGCCUUGUGCCAGUACUUAACUCACUAGAAUUCUUACCAAAGUUGUAAAAGAGUUAAAUAUUUUCACCUUUGGAUCAAAUCAGUUAUUUUCAGGAGAUAAUCCAAAUCUAAUGGAAAUUAAAUUUACAACUAAAUUCGCUGAAUUGACAUGUUUUGAAUGUUGUAACUACAAAUCCACACUUUUCAAUUUUUAAUUGUACAUAUCAUUAAUUAAAUAUGAUGGCCAAAGGUUAUUGAGAAGGAAGAACUUGUCCAUUAAUAUGAACUUAUGUCUGUCUCUAUCAUGCUGUGUUUAUCAGAGUUGGUUAUUGUGAUGUGAUUUGAUGCCUUUAAAAUACCAAUUACUGUCUUGUAAGUUGUUGGAAAGAGAAAAAUACAAUUAGUAAUACAAUAACAUAUUUAUAUUAUGUUUUUAGAUAUUUAUCUGUAUAAUUACCUUUGUGGGGUAAGGGUGUAUGUGUGUUUGAGGGUUUUGAGAAUGAGGCAACAGCCUCCCUGUCGGUUUACUUAACAUUCCUUCAUCCAUAUUUUACAAGUAAUGUUACAUUCCGUCCUUGUGGAUAUUUUUCACUGUUAAGAAAUGUUUAAUUUCUGUAUUUGCAAAAGUUAUAAAGAAUAAAGUGAAUUACAUCUUA